AUGGGAACUGUAGAUGCUGGACUUUACCCAUGUGCGGUAGACAUGCGCCCUGUCCAGAUAUUCGGUUUGUCACUGACGGGUAUGGUGCGACGCGAGACAAUCUGCCUGACCGUUGGCUUUUCUUCUUCUCUAGCCCCCCCUUUGCAAAUAGCCAAACUGAUGAAAUGUCCGCUCGACUACAAUGAGCCUAAAAGUCACCACGACAAUAUAAUGGAAUGGCAAGUAAAGCAGCGGGCCGCUUACCUGGCCCGAAGUUCCAACGAGUCCAUGCUGCCUGAUGGUGCUCAGCUUCAGGGAAUCUCAGAGCCUCUAUCAGUCAGAAGCCCUGAAUUUUAUUGGUUCUAUAAUCAGGUAAUGCGAUAUUAG